CGGGCCGCGCAGGCCCCGCUUCCGCGCCUGGUCGCCCGCCGGGUCCUAACUCCCACCGGCCGCCGUCGGAGCGAGCGCCCGACACCCCGGGCCGCGCAGGCCCCGCUUCCGCGCCUGGUCGCCCGCCGGGUCCUAACUCCCGCCAUCCGACGCCCCCUUCGCCUCUCGGCCGCCCCGAGCCCGGGCCGGCUCCGUCUGUCGCCGUGGCCAAAGACCUCACCUUUGAUGCUUAACAUUCCUCAGUGAAAGGAGUAAAAUUUGCACGUAUAUGAAACUUAUUUUCUCUUCGUCCUCCGGAAUUGCAAACUCAUUUCUUAAGAAGUGAUGCCACCAAGAAGAAAUGAGAAAUACAGACUUCCUGUUCCACUUCCAGAAGGCAAGGUUCUGGAUGAUACGGAAGGAAAGCAAUGGGUGCUGGGCAAAAUGAUUGGCUCUGGAGGAUUUGGAUUGGUAUAUUUAGCUUUUCCCACAAAUAAACCAGAUAAUGAUGCAAGACAUGUAAUAAAAGUGGAAUAUCAAGAAAAUGGCCCAUUAUUUUCAGAACUUAAAUUUUAUCAAAGAGCUGCUAAAAAUGACUAUAUCAAAAGCUGGAUAAAACUCAAAAAACUUGAUUAUUUAGGAAUUCCUCUGUUUUAUGGAUCUGGUAUUACUGAAUUCCAGGGAAGAAGUUACAGAUUUAUGGUAAUGGAAAGACUAGGAAUAGAUUUACAGAAGAUCUCAGACCAGAAUGGUACUUUUAAAAAGUCAACUGUCCUGCAGCUAGGUAUCCGAAUGUUGGAUGUACUGGAGUAUAUACAUGAAAAUGAAUAUGUUCAUGGUGAUAUAAAAGCCGCGAAUCUACUGUUAGGUUAUAGAAAUCCAGAUCGGGUUUAUCUUGCAGAUUAUGGACUUUGCUACAGAUAUUGUCCCAAUGGGAACCACAAACAGUAUCAGGAAAAUCCUAAAAAAGCCCAUAAUGGGACAAUAGAGUUUACCAGCGUAGAUGCCCACAAGGGAGUAGCGCCGUCCCGGCGGAGUGACCUGGAGACCCUGGCCUACUGCCUGCUGCGCUGCUGCGCCGGCCGCCUGCCCUGGGAGGCGCGGGACCCCGCCGCCGUGCAGGCCGCCAAGACCAGUCUGUUGGAUGAGCUCCCUGAGUCAGUGCUUAAAUGGGCUCCUUCCGGAAGCUGCUGCCGUGAAAUAGCCCAAUAUUUGACAUGUGCUCAUAAUUUAGCAUAUGAUGAAAAGCCAGACUAUGAAAUGCUCAAGAAAAUUCUGAACCCAGGUGGGAUACCUUUAGGACCACUGGACUUUUAUACCAGAGGAGAGAGUGUAAAUGUGCAUACUCCAAACAAUCAAAAAGUUGUUCCUCGAAAGGCUGCAACAAAGCAAGUCAAUCAGAUGCAAAAUAGGUUAAUAGAAAAAAACAUCCAUAGUGAGAGAAGUGCUGAGUCCUGCUUAACGGGGAGAAAAGUGCAAAAAGAGGAACCGCUGACUGGAUUUUUUAACAGUGAGACAACUCAGGAAAGCACAAGAAGAAGACAGAAGUAUUAUGAGUCUCAAGAAAUUCGGAAUGAAAUAAAAAGUUCUCCACAACAAGCCAGCAGUAUACAAUUCCCAAAUUCAUUUUAUGAACCCUAUCAAGAUUUUACCAGUCCAGAUAUAUUCAAUAAUUCAAGAUCUUCCUCUUGGUAUACAUAUACUUCUACAACUGGUUUGGAGGUCACAGACUUUACUCUUAGUGAAAAGACAAAGGCAGACAUGUAUUAUUAUGGCUUCAUCAUUCUUUUUCUUUUGACUUUAGUAUGUCUUGCUUUAUAUUUUCUCUGAAGAGCUCAAAUAAAAUCCUUUUGAUAAUUUUUAAA